AUGGCGGACGUGCAGAUAAUACGUGAAAAACUGGGCGUUCAUCCAGACUUUCCGAAGAAGGGAAUCGUCUUCCUGGACAUUUUUCCCGUUCUCAGAGAUCCCAUCCUCACGGAGCUCAUGAUCAGCCAUUUCAUAACUCACAUCGGAACUGUCACACUUCCAAAGUCUAAGCAAAGCAAAAUCGAUGUCGUCGUCGGCCUGGAUGCCAGAGGCUUUAUCCUCGGCCCCCUAGUUGCAUCCCGGCUCGGUGCUGCGUUUGUACCCGUCAGGAAGAAGGGUAAAUUGCCUGGAGAGACCAUACAAGCCGAGUACAUGAAAGAAUACGGAACGGAUAUCUUUGAGAUGCAAGCCAACUCCAUUUCAGAGGGAGCGAAUGUCAUUAUCAUUGACGAUCUCAUUGCGACUGGCGGUUCUGCCAGAGCUGCAGGUCAACUCGUAAAGCAGUUGGGAGGAAACACUCUCGAGUACCUCUUCGUCAUUGGAUUGACUUUCUUGAAGGCGAUGGACACCUUAGAUGCACCCGCAUAUUGCAUGAUAGAGUCUGAAGAGUAA